AAAGUGGGGUAUGUAAUAUGUAUAUACGAGUAUAGAGAGCCGCGCGGUGUUUCACGGCUGGAAAACACACACACACACCGGACACCGCACGGCCACGGCAUACUUACCUCCGCUCUUUUUUCGACGGGGGACACGCACAAUGAAAAGCCUCGAUUUAGCUAGACUCGCGUGCGCUGUGCCAGACUGUGUGGAAAAUCAAAUCGCGGGCACGACGAGUUUUGCCGCUCUAACAGCGCACAGUAAAUUUUUUUCAAAUGACAUGCGCUGUUUAUCCAUCGCUCGCUAUUCUCGCAGAUAUUCAAAAAUGGCUCGCUCACGGCUACAAACUUAACGCUGAGAAAUUGGGAAAAGCAGAGACAAUCGUAAAAAAUAAGUAUUCGACUUAUAUAUACCAGAGCCAAUUUCUGCCUUAUCAUCAGCCCUCGCGAUGCUCGCGGGUUGGCUAGCCUGAUGAGGCUCAUCUCGUCUCUCCCCGGACUCCGAAUGCGAAUUUCUGGAUGUGCGCGGAUGUUCACCGGAAAAACGGCCAAGUCAUUUUCAGUUUAACACGAUAGCUUGAAGGUAGAGUCUUUUGUUGACGAUGGCGCGCUACGACCGAGCUAUCACGGUAUUCUCUCCGGACGGCCAUCUGCUCCAGGUCGAGUAUGCCCAGGAAGCCGUGAGGAAGGGAUCUACAGCGGUGGGCGUUCGUGGAUCGGACGUUGUAGUUCUCGGCGUUGAGAAGAAGUCCGUAGCUAAGCUCCAGGAAGAACGCACUGUGCGCAAAAUAUGCCUGCUGGACGAUCAUGUCGUUAUGGCAUUCGCUGGCCUCACAGCCGAUGCAAGAGUAUUGAUCAACAGAGCACAAAUUGAAUGUCAAAGUCACAAACUGACGGUGGAAGAUCCCGUUACUUUAGAGUACAUUACGAGGUUUAUGGCAAGUUUGAAACAAAAGUAUACGCAAAGUAACGGAAGAAGACCUUUUGGAAUUUCUUGUCUCUUAGCUGGCUUUGAUUAUGACGGUGUACCACACUUGUAUCAGACAGAACCAUCUGGUAUUUACUACGAGUGGAAGGCCAACGCUACUGGUCGCAAUGCCAAAACAGUCAAAGAAUUUUUGGAGAAAUAUUACACUCCUGAAGAAGUCUCUACCGACAAGGGCACAAUCAAAUUGGCAAUUAGAGCACUUCUUGAAGUUGUCCAGUCAGGACAAAAAAAUUUGGAAAUCGCAGUCAUGCGCAGGGGACAACCCAUGCAAAUGCUCGAUUCUGACACAAUUGGAGACUAUGUUAAUGAAAUUGAAAAGGAAAAGGAGGCUGAAGCAGAAAAGAAGAAACAGAAAAAGUGAUCAGAUUUUUGUUAAUCGCGCGGUAUAAUCAUAGAUUUUUAAUUUUCACUAAAGCUAUUAUAUGAGGGAUGAGUGAAGGUGUUUACAACUGUGAGACUUAAUACUUUUACUUUGCAUCAUUGUGAAAUGUGUGAACAUGCCUGCCGUUACUGAUGCAAGCGUGAAAGUAAUUUUUUCUAUUACAAAAUAAACAAAAAUGCCUCAACUUACAUUUUAUAAAUAAAAAAUGUCCUCUUUUCACCUUGGAGUAACAAAUAAAAAUCGUUGACACACACAUA